AUGGUACUCAAUCUACUUUUCAUAACGACUGUGAUAAAAUCUACGUUCGGCGUAGUCACCACCGGCCUUUGGCUUAUACCGUUACUUCUCGCCGCCAUUACGUACUACCGUUACGAUAGCGUCGAUCCAGAGGCGCGACCCAUCGAUCAACUGAAUCUGUAUCCCGAAUAUGAUUUCAUUGUGGUGGGCGCUGGUUCGGCCGGAGCGGUUGUGGCCAAUCGACUCACGGAAAUGCGUAAAUGGAAGGUUCUACUCAUCGAAGCGGGUCCAGAUGAAAAUGAGAUAUCGGAUGUGCCCUCAUUGGCCGCUUACCUGCAGCUGAGCAAACUUGACUGGCAGUAUAAGACACAGCCAUCGAACAAAGCCUGCCUUGGCAUGAAAAAUAAUCAGUGCAAUUGGCCGCGCGGUAAGGUGCUCGGCGGCUCGAGUGUGCUCAACUAUAUGCUGUAUGUGCGUGGCAAUCGACAUGACUAUGAUCAUUGGGAAUCGCUUGGUAACACCGGUUGGGGGUAUGGUAAUGUGCUGCGUUAUUUCAAGAAAUCGGAAGAUAACCGUAACCCCUACCUAGCUAACAACCCUUAUCAUGGACGCGGUGGUCUAAUGACGGUGCAGGAAUCACCUUGGCACUCACCAUUGGUUGCCGCUUUCGUGGAAGCGGGACGCGAGAUUGGUUAUGAGAAUCGUGACAUCAAUGGUGAGAAGCAGGCUGGUUUUAUGAUUGCACAGGGCACUAUUCGUCGUGGCUCGCGCUGCAGCACGGCAAAGGCUUUCUUACGUCCAAUUAGAUUGCGUAAGAAUUUUCAUCUCACCAUGAACUCGCAUGUCACCAAAGUAAUCAUAGAGCCAAGCACUAUGCGCGCUCAUACUGUGGAGUUUGUUAAGAACGGCAAGGUAUUUCGUAUACGCGCCAGACGUGAGAUCAUUUUGUCGGCUGGUGCCAUCAAUACACCACAGAUAAUGAUGCUAUCGGGCAUUGGACCAAAGGCGCAUCUGGAGAAACAUGGCAUACGCGUGUUGCAGGACUUGCCGGUUGGCGAGAAUCUGCAGGAUCACGUUGGUAUGGGUGGUCUUUCGUUCUUGGUUGACAAACCUGUUGCUAUAAUACAAGAUCGCUUCAAUCCCACGGCACUCACCAUGCAGUAUGUGCUGCGAGAACGUGGUCCGAUGACAACGCUCGGUGGUGUUGAGGGAUUGGCCUUUGUGCACACACCUUACUCGAACAACUCUAUCGAUUGGCCUGAUAUACAAUUUCAUAUGGCACCGGCCUCCAUUAAUUCGGACAAUGGCGCACGCGUGAAACAAGUAUUAGGUCUUAAGGAGUCACUCUACCAGGAAGUUUUUAAACCGAUUGCCAACAAAGACACCUGGACGAUCAUGCCAUUACUGUUGCGUCCACGCUCACGUGGUUGGGUGCGUCUGAGUUCCUCAAAUCCUUUCCACUAUCCGCUUAUUAACGCUAACUAUUUCGCUGAUCCUUUUGAUGUCAAAACUCUGGUGGAAGGAGCAAAGAUUGCGCUACGUGUAGCAAACGCCAAAGUCUUCAAACAGUUUGGUUCGCGCGUACACCAACGACCAUUGCCAAAUUGCAAGAAAUACAAAAUAUACUCGGACGAGUACUUGGAGUGUCAAGCGCGUACGAUCUCUAUGACGAUUUAUCAUCCUUGCGGCACUGCCAAAAUGGGACCGGCUUGGGAUCCGGAAGCGGUGGUCGAUCCACGGUUACGUGUUUACGGCGUGCGUGGACUGCGUGUAAUCGAUGCCAGUAUUAUGCCGACAAUCAGUAGCGGCAAUACAAAUGCGCCGGUCAUUAUGAUAGGCGAGAAAGGUGCUGACCUCAUCAAGGAGGAUUGGUUAAAAAAUCCGGAAUAUCGCGCAGCUGCGCCAAAGAGUUAGCCAACUAUGACAUAGCUAUGGUUAAGUGAAUAGUAAGGGAAGCUUUUUUGGGAACUUUUGGCUGUUAUGCCGUCAGUGCAUGUGGGCGAUCAUAAAUCAGGGGCGUACGUGAGCUUUAUACCGUAAGCGGUGCCAUCGAGCGGAUGGUGUUUCAAAACACCAUCUCAUAUACAAAAUA